UGGUUUGACAGCUCUAAUUGGUUGAGAAAGCAGCAGCAAAGGGAAAAAGGCCAGAAAAAAUCGUAAAACUACGAAAACCUACAAGUGCGGGGCAACCAAGGAAGCUGUUGCACAAACACAGAGACACACGCACGCACGCCGUACCGCGAACCGCACGCCACGCCCACCCGCGCCCGCCCCCAACUCCGGUCGAGCGGGAUAGAGAGAAAAAAGAAGCGCCCAGCAGCGGUGGUGCAAGCGAAGCAGAAGCAGGAAAACUCCAGCCGAUCGAAACGAACGCCCGCAACCGCCAAAGGAAGCGCCGCCCACGCCGUCAGUUGCCGAACGCACAUCGCUAGCCAUAGCCACCUGGUUAACCCACAUCCGAGCAGCCACCGCCGCAGCACCAGCCAGCGCCACAAACUCCGCAACAUGGACGUGUUCCUCAUGAUCAGGCGGCAGAAGACCACCAUCUUCACGGACGCCAAGGAGAACACAACGGUGGCCGAGCUGAAGCGAAUGAUCGAGGGCAUACUGAAGGUGCAGCCCGUGGAUCAGCGGUUAUACAAUCAGGACAACGACGUCAUGGACGAUGAGAGCACGUUGCAGGACUACGGCGUGACGGUGUCCACGGCCAAGGCGCAGGCUCCGGCGCAGCUGGGUUUGACAUUCAGGAACGAGUUAGGCGACUUUGAGACACUGGACAUGACACCCUACUCGGCACCACCAGACUUACCCGAAGUGAUGAAAAACCAAGAGGCCUCGAACGGACAGGAGCAGGUUGCAUAAAGCAGCAGCAGCAGCAGCAGUCAGUCAGUCAAUCACCCCCUACGAGAACAACAAACAGCAGCAGCAAUAACAUCAUCAAAAGCAACAGCAGAAAAAGCAGCAAAACGAGACAAACUAAAUCCGCUAAAUCCUGAGACACUUAACUACUGUCGCUCGCUUGUCCCCCGCAUACGAAAUGUACGAAAAUCCGGACGGAAGAGGGAGAUCUGCCUGCGAUUGCAACCUCCCUGCCUGGUCAGAAAAGCAACAACAGCUGCAGCCCGCAGCCGCAAUAGCUAAAUAUGCAUUUUUCGUUGUUUAUAGCAAGGAACAAUUCACUAUGGUUCCGAUACAAAAUUGUACUUUGGAAUGGGAUUUAUAAUAUUCGGCUUUAAUUUUACCCUAA